AGCGUCAUGGCGGUCCCGUGGGUUUUGUCGACAGCAACAAAACAAUCCUCUCGACGUUUAUUUUGCCUCAAUUCUCGGACCAAAACAAACUCUCACUUGCCUGUGGAAACACCCAUCGCUACAAUUUCUUUGUUUCCGCUGUCGCCUCCCUGAUUCAUUAUACUCCCAAGAGCUCUUCCCGUGAUUUCAACUGAACUCAAAGGCCAGCACCAUAUACCCCACCAUGGGCGAAUCUAGACAAGAACUUCUAGGAUGGCUCAACAGCCUGUUGCAGCUGAACCUUACCAAGAUUGAGCAGUGCGGAACGGGUGCUGCUUAUUGUCAAGUCUUCGACUCGAUCUUCAUGGACGUCCCUAUGUCCCGUGUGAGAUUCAACGUCAAUACCGAGUAUGCCUACCUUCAGAAUUUCAAGGUCCUCCAAAACGUAUUCGGUCGCCACCAAGUUAACAAGCCAAUUCCUGUGGAACAACUUACAAAAUGCCGCAUGCAGGAUAACCUUGAGUUCCUGCAGUGGACGAAGAGAUACUGGGACCAACACUACCCUGGUGGCGAUUAUGAUGCCGUUGCUCGUCGGAAGGCUUCGGGUGCUCCUGCUAGUGCUGGUAGCUCUCGUGCGGGCGCGACCUCUGCUGGAGCUACGCGACGGGGAGCUACGCCUACUACUACCGCGGGUCGUCCACGAGUCGCCGCAGCGGGCGGGCCUAAUGUAUCUGCCCUGCAGCAAGAGAUCGCGUCCCAGAAGGAGGCCAUUUCCGGAUUGGAGAAGGAGCGGGAUUUCUAUUUUGCCAAGCUUCGGGACAUUGAGUUGUUGCUGCAAAGUGCCAUUGAGGCAGACCCUGAGCUGGAAAAGGAGGAGGAUACGUUGGUGAAGCACAUCCAAGGCAUUUUGUACUCGACAGAGGAAGGAUUCGAGAUUCCUGCUGAAGAGGGUGGCGCAGAUGAACUGGAGACAUUCUAAGUUCCGGUUAAGAAACGAUUGUCCGUUUUUAAUACCCCCUCAUAGUAUGGCUAGCGUUGCGUGAGUGGUUUUGACGCCUCUUGUUUUGAGUAAAUUUCCUGUUACUCUCAUGAUGGCCGGGUUUCUGGCACAGAAAUGGAGAGUUAGAAAAUCAGACGUUCUGUACGAUUGGUGAUAGGCCAUUUGAUUUUCUGUCUGUCUUCGGGCGAGAGUCCAAUAGAUUUGUUCUCUAGUUCUACCCUGUCUACCAAUCAUGUCCCACUCUUGAGGUAGUACUGCUAAUACUAUAGUAGUAGUACUAGACUACUACUAGUAGUCUGCCAUUCAAUUGGACCCGCUGAAUGAGCCCAUUAACCUACUCCUGCAUUCUUCGAAAUUUCCAUUCCGGAGAUGGAGUUCCAAGACGGGAGAUAGACACGCCACUGCGGUAUGUAAAAAUAGCAAGAGUGGACCGAGACGGAAUCUCCCAACAAAACAUUUUCUAUAAAAAAUUGCUUACAAAGG